ACGGAAAGUUGCAUAUGAUGAAACGGUGGUUUACGUGUUAUCGAUACAUUUACUGCUCCUUAAAAAACGUGACUGCUACAUUCCAUACAAAUGAACAGUACUUAAAUAUAACCGUGGUUGAUCAAAUAUAAUAAAUACAAGCGAGCUCCUCCUAUUCCGAGCUAAAAAUGAAAUUUAUUAUUGUGGCAUGAAGAUAUUACAAAUCGAGAAUCCGAAAUGUUAAACUUAAGUUGUUUUAAUAUAUUUACAAACCAUGUACUUUAAAUGAAGACAUGAAACUCGAAGAACAUUUUCAGGCCAAAAGUUUUUGUAGACACAAAGACGUGUUUCAUUUAACGCAUGUGCUCCUCCAUUGCCAUACACUUAUACAACGUAAUAACAUAAUAUUAUCCAACAGUGUCAGUGCAAUCAAUACCGUGUGACUCAUUAUUCAUGUAUCACGAAUCAAUAUAUACCUAUGCCACGGAUUUGUUCAAGCAACUUAUCAACUAUUUAACACCGCCUUACUACCUGUUUCUGCCUCACCGCUUCACUGCUCUUUACCUGUGAAUUUCGUUAUAAAAAUAGCCAAUAUUAAUGCAAACACGAUCGACGUGCGAAUAAAACGCGAACACUAUAAUUUUCAAUAAACAAAAAUGGAGUGUUACGGUAUUCUCUUUUGUUUAUCUUUUCUUUUAGGAUUCUAUAUAUUAAGUACUGAAAGGUUUGUUCCGUUUUUUUAUCCCAUGUGUUGGGGAGAAUCUUUCGAUAACGUUUCUUUCAAAUGUGCAACGUUCUACAGUGGAAUACAAACAUGCGACGUACAGUUUAGAAAUAAUUGCUCAGAAACUCUGACAAUGGAAUACAUUUCGGUUAUGUCAUUUAUAAAGUGGAACAGAAUGCUGCACGUUGUGAUGAUGGUGGUCGGCCUCAGUAUUGCGAAGUUCGUAUGCUACAAAUUGGAUUUUGAGGAGGUUCCGCUACGCGUAGUUGCUUGUGUUGGAUUAAUUACAGAGACAAUGCAGUGUUCGAACUACGUGCUAUUACUCACCUUGGUUGGCCCGGCGAACGGGCUUAUGGCGGCCAACACAACUAUCUACUUCCGUGUUGUUGCCAGUGUUGAUGGACUCCUGACUUGUAUAAACUUGGCUUUAGUAAUAACCCCAGUAACAUACCGCCGAUCUCGACAACGCAAAUCUACACUGACUCAACCCAUAACCAACAUGGAACAACAACCACUUGCACUGAUUCGUGUCGAAUAUGAGAAAGCAGUUAGAAAAGACAGUAAACGCGCUAAACUGCCAACAAUCAUGAAGAUCGAAAACAUUUCCGUAUGGAAAACAGAUUGCCAAUAUGAAUUUUCGCAAGUAUUACAACAAUGCUGGAAUGAGCAUGCACACUUAAUCGGAAUUGGCAAAGAUGCUAAAGGACUUACACAUUCUUACAUGGAUAUUCAAAGUAUUAGACCUGUUGAUAAUCAGGGCGCUUUAUGGAAAUACAGCUGUCGAAGGCAGGCAAUCUGUGAUUUUGCUGCAUCAGUUGGUGGUUUAUUGAAAAACAUUCAUGAAUACAAAAACGAAUGUUCUAGAUCACAUGUCAUUCACACUGACACCGUUUUUCAAGAAAAGUGUGCUUUGGUGAAAGAAAAAUUGUCGAACAAUGUUGAUAAAAAAAUUAAUGAAUAUUAUCUGUUCCAUGGUACACUUUCUUUAAACGCAGAUUAUAUUGCAAAGAAUGGAUUUAACGUCAAUGAAUGUAAGACAUCUUCAAUGCUCGGAAGAGGGAUUUAUUUCACAGAUAGCCUCGUAAAAGCCGAUCAGUACACAAAACCAGACGAAAGCGGGAUGUGUUGCGUAAUAAUGGCAAGAGUUCUUCUCGGAGACUUUGUAGUUGCCCCGAAGUCAUCCGACAUUCCGUCGACAAGCCUUCAGCCGCCAUGCAAGGAAUGCAUGACCACCUUGUGUAACGACAAGACGGACACUCCGCAUCCGAGAUUCGAUUCAGUCGUCUACACUGGUGGAUUAUAUAAGGAAUUUGUUGUGUAUGAUAACUGGCAAGCAUAUCCAGAAUUUAUCAUUUUCUAUAAACGUGUGUAAAAGCAAUUAAGAUCACGUUAAACGUAAAAACAUAGAGAAUGGCUUGUAUUUGUUCGUGCAUUUAGAGUUUGAAACAAGUAAAUAACCAUUUCAAAGUGUGUCUGAAUUAAGUGAUGAAGAAAUAGAUUUUCAUGAAAAUAUGGAUGUACCAAGGCUUUCCUAUCAACCGGAUAUUAUCUCACACAUGUAUCUAAGCAUCCUUAUAAUAUUAAUAAUCUGAUUGAUGUCAACUGGAAUUAUAUUAAUGAUGUAUAGUUGUAUUGGGUCACAAUGCAAUCUGAGUUAAAAGUACACAACUUGACCAUCGAUGUAACGAAAUUUGGUAUUCAUUAAUUAUAUGGUUUCACUAACUUUUGUUUCAGCACUAGGUUCCUAGUGAACUAAAGGACUGCAUUGUUUUUUAACCCUUAAAGCGCUGGAGCUGAAUUUUAAAGGCCUUUGCAAACAGUUUGGAUCCAGAUGAGACGCCACAGAACGUGGCGUCUCAUCAGGAUCCAAACUGUUUGCUAUUCUGAUAGUAUUCUUUGAAAAAAAAUCGAAGAAAAUGCUAAUUUUAGAAAUUCAACAGACGACAUUUAAGCAGACGACAAAUUUCCCAGCAUGCAAAGGGUUAAGUUUCCUCUCCAGAUGAUGCAACUGAAUCUUCCCGUUGUGUGUUUGAUAGUAUUCUUCAAAGUCUCUUUGGUUAAAACGACUCAGUCUUUUCAAUCUGUUUUAACUAAGCAUGCAAUUGAUUGGUACAAUGUUAUAGUUUAAAGGGGCCUUUUCACAGAUUUUGGCAUUUUUUUUAACUUAUUCAUUAAAUGCUUUAUAUUGAUAAAUGUAAACAUUGGAUCAUUAAAGCUCCAGUAAAAAAUCACGAAAAAAAAUUAAAAAAAGGAAAAGAACAUUGCCCGGAGCAGAUUUCGAACCAGUGACCCCUGGAGUCCUGCCAGAGUCCUGAAGUAAAAACGCUUUAGCCUACUGAGCUAUUCCGCCGAGUAUACAUUCUUGACGUAUUUUAUACCUUAUAUAAGCAAUCUUCGUAGUUUCACAAAAUUUAACGACAAAAACAGAACUCUCCAAAUUAUUCAAUCGUUUCGCGUUGCAACGCUUUAUAAUUUUUAGGUUUUAAAAUCGUCAAAAGAUGCAUAUAAUGGCUAUAUUAGAGCAUGGUUAAUGUUCAGUAUUACUGUUUCCUCACAAAUAUCAUAACUAAAACGAAAACUUACGAAUCUGAAACAACUUUUUUCAAUUUUGUCAAUUUACCAAAGCGUGAAAAGAUCCCUUUAAGAUAAUUGUAAAAUGAGGAAAUUUAAGAAAUAAAUUAUUGCAUCUAUAUGUUUUAAUUUCAGAUUCAGCGAAAUGGAAAUACCAAUAUUAUAUAACACUGUUUUUCUUUAAUCUGUUAACACAUUUAAAUGAAUUUUGAAACAAAACGUGAAUCAUUGAUAUUAUAUCCAAUAUGUAGUUUUGUAAACUGUUAUUCAUUAUCAUUACUGUCAAAUAUUGAAUGUUAAGAGCACAAUUAUUGUAUCUUGAUGUUAUUAUUUUCGUUUAAAGUCAGCUUUAUUGACAGUGAAUGCAAAUUCUAUAUUUAUUUGUUUUUAUCUGUUUAUAAACUUAAAUGAUUUUUUGAAACGAAAUUUGAUGUAUUGCUAUUGUAUCAAAACUAUAAGAAAAUCGGUCCAUCGUUCAAUCUUAGGCAAAAGUCAAGCAAUAUCCAUGCUAAACUUUAACACAGUCAGUCGUGAUUUUAAAAAAUACUGUAAUAGAUAACCGUUCCUGAUUGCAUAUUACAUGUUGGUCAUUGCUUUGUUGACCUGUAAUAUAUGAUUACAUAAUAUAAUGUGGGUCAUUGCUUUGUUGACCAGUUAUACAUGAUUACAUAAUAUCAUGUGGGUCACUGCUUUGUUGACCAGUUAUACAUAAUUACAUAAUAUCAUGUGGGUCAUUGCUUUGUUGACCAGUUAUAUAUGAUAACAUAAUAUAGUGGGUCAUUGCUUUGUUAAACUGUUAUAUAUGAUUGCAUAAUAUCAUGUGUGUCAUUGCUUUGUUGACCAGUUAUAUAUGAUUACAUAAUAUCAUGUGGGUCAUUGCUUUGUCGACCAGUUAUAUAUGAUUACAUAAUAUCAUGUGGCUCAUUGCUUUGUUGACCACAUGUGGGUCAUUGCUUUGUUGACCUGUUAUAUAUGAUUACAUAAUAUCAUGUGGGUCAUUGCUUUGUUGACCAGUUAUAUAUGAUUACAUAAUAUCAUGUCGGUCAUUGCUUUAUUGACCAGUUAUAUAUGAUUUCAUAAUAUCAUUUGGGUCAUUGCAUUGUUUCCAUUUGUGAAUAAACAUAAUUGGAGAACUCAAA